AUGGGGAUUGAUCAGGAUGAAAUCUCCACGGAAACCACGACUCUCGGGGAAUUAUUAGUGGCGGAAAACAUCGGAUCCCGGCACAGAAAAGUUGUCAAGGCGCUCUACAAGGCCUUGGCACUUAAAGACACUAGUACCACCUCAAAGCUCGUGGCUCCGGAUCUUGAGUGGUGGUUCCAUGGACCGCGGCAUUGCCAGCACAUGAUGAGGACGCUGACCGGAGAAUCGAGACACGUGGAGUUCAAGUUCAGGCCUCGGAGCAUCACGCCCGUUGGUGACCGAGUGGUGGCGGAGGGAUGGGAAGGAUCGAAGGCGUACUGGGCGCAUGUGUGGAGCGUCAAGGAAGGGAUGAUCACUCAGUUGCGUGAGUAUUUCAACACGUGGGUGACGGUGAUUGUUGGGAAUUCAGAAGUUGAGGAUGAGAUGAUGAAGCUGUGGCAGAGUGAUCCUAGGGAGCGGUCUCAACGCUCAUUGCCAGAUAUUGUACUAGCGAUAUGAUCAUAUAUAAUAAUCGUGUUAGAAAAUUUGAGAUUUUCUCUUCCAACUCAAAUUUCUCUUACCUUUAGGCUUUAGCUAUGAUACUUUUUUAAUUAAAA